UCACUUUCAAAGCGUUUUCUCUCCUGAAUGAUUUCCACAUUUAAACUUUUCUGGAAACACUACUGCCAAGUUAGCCGGAGAUAGAUUAGAACUAGACUAUCAAAGUCAUCCUUGAGGGAGGCUCUCGAUGUUAUCCACUUUAAGCCUUCUUCCUAUCAUGUACACUCUAUUUGAUUAUUAAUACAAAUGUGCAAAUGACUUUUAAAGUUCUUUAGUAAGAAAAAAAUUACUUAGUGGCCUAUGAUUGCACAACAAGCAGAAAAAACACGUCUACUUCUUUCUUUGCUAAUUGUUACCUAGUAUAUACUGCGCAUCCAUUGCUGUUUAGAUCCUAGAGUAAACACAAAGUUUAGCAGCACUCCGGGGAACGCUCUUCUUUACUCAGCGUGAGAGAGAGCCGUGUCGGCUGCGGGUAAUCCUUAAUGGCGCCAAACUGUCAUCUGUGUGCAAAAUACGUCCAAAAUUUUGCGGAUUGGCGAAGUGGCCCUACUUCAGGAAGCAUCUCUAUGUGUCAUGCUAUAAUCCGGUGGACACAUUGAUGCAUAUGUGUUGUACGCUGUGAAGAGGCUGCCAAGUCAGGUUGCCCAACAGACGGCGUUAGCGGUCGGCGAUGUUCGUACAAGACCUAAAAACGGAAUUUUACGAGCUACUGCUCAAUGAGCGGGUAUUAGUACUGUGUGGUGGCGACGUGGAUUCGUUAGCCUCGUGCAAAAUUCUUCAGUACUUAUUUCAGUGUGAUAACGUCCUCUACACGUUGGUGUCUGUUACUCGAAAAGAAGAUAUUACUGACGCCCUCAAUAAACAUGGAGAGACUGGAAAAUACGUCGUGAUGUUAAACUGUGGAGGAACCUUUGACAUUAUCGAGGAGUGCAAGCCAAAAAAUGAAAAGCUAAUUUUCUUUAUCGCUGACGCGCAUCGUCCGUUCAGCGUUUACAACGUGUACAACAAUUCGCAGGUACGAAUUUUGAGUCGUCUUGAAGACGAAAAUGUACCCAACUUCGACGAUAUCUUUCGUGAUGACAUGGACUCAGAGGAGGAAGACGAGGCUGGUGGUGAUUUUGAAGCAAGUGUUGAGCGCCGCAGACAGAAGCGGCUUUGGGUAGAAAAUCGCAGCCGUCUGCUCUUUGAAUACACCCAGUUCAAUUAUUUUGGAAAGGCGACAGCGCUCCUUAUCUUUGAGCUAUGUUGGAAGAUGUCGCGAGAUUCUACAGAGAUCCUAUGGUACGCUAUCGUUGGCCUCAGUGAUCAACUGGCGCAUCGUCGAGUGGAGUCGGAUAAAUAUGUUACCGAGUGUGGGCUACUUCAGGGCCAUAUGUCGAGAUAUGACCAGUUAUAUGAUCAGAACAGUGCCGAUUCGAAUAUCAAUACUGUGAAGCUGUCAUUUGGCCGUGAAUUAAACCUCACCUUCUUACGUCACUGGACGCUUCUUGACUCGAUGCGACAUACCGUCCAUGUUGCGUGCCGAUUUCGUCUGUGGACCGUGAAAGGACAGAAAAAACUGCACGAAUUUAUGGCGGAACUUGGGGUGCCACUGAACGAAUGCCGGCAGAAAUUUGCCUCAAUGGAUAUUGAAAUUCGGAGUUCUGUCAAGGAGUGGAUUUUUAAACUUGCCGAUAAGUACAACCUGGACGAAAUUGAUUUUGGCUGCUUUACGGCAAACCUUGGCUACAAACAUAGAUUCAAUGCGAUGGACGUCGUUAAUGCUGUGCACACGUUAAUCGAUGAAGGUGAUUUCUUCCGCGCUUUGGAUGCCCUUUCGUGGUCCCGCGUUGAAAUACUUGACAAAGGCAUUGAGCUAUCAAAAACGAAAGUGAUGUCAAUUUUUCAGCAGGUACAAACAUUUUUGGAAACACGACAAAUCGUAUCAACCGGCAGUUACCUGUACGCCGUACUACAAGAGAGCACGCCUAAUUCGAAAAUUUUCGGAAGGCCUGGCGCGCUUGAGGACCUGGCCUAUUUUUUGCAAACGGCAUACGUUAGCACUUCACGGACUCGAAAGUCACAUACGCUUCCCAUGGUUGUCGCGGCUCCCUCAAGUGUACCAGAUCACCAGGGCUACAGCCUUGUGGUCGGCAUACCUCCAUUGGCCGAAACAUCAUCACGGAAUCUUUUCGCGCAGGUUUUCGCGCAGGCAGCUGUACGUUGCGAGGCUGCCACAGUGAAGACAGCUUACCUCCAGGAAAACUUCGUUCUCGUCCAGAGCGAGCACUCUCAAAGGUUCUUCGAAGCGAUUUUUGACCUGCUUUGUUAGCGCACAGUGCUAGACAAGACCAUAUUAUAGCUGGCUAGGCAUAUUAAAUUGUAGUGAAAGGCAAACAAAUCCAACCUCAAGUGAUUUGAGAAUUUAAACAACUUUGACAUUUCUACAGAGACCAAUAAAUGAUUAUACGACAUGUAUAAGAUUGUAGUAUUAUUGUACAUGAAAAAGGUGUGGGUAAUAAAUACACGAU